GGUUAGAGUAAAAAAAAUAUAGAUCUCAAAAAAAAAUUCAUACAAAUAGUGGCACAAAAAUCGAAAUUUGAGCCCAGAUCUCUGCUUUCAAGUUGUGAGUUUAAGGAUUAAGGUAUUUGGCAGGAGCUAUUGCGAGUUUUCUAAAUCUCACAGAUUUGCCACCUUUGAAUCCUUUUACCCAACUUCAGUAGCAUCCUACAGAGGUGGACAUGAAAGAUAUUAAAGAGGAGUCGAAUUUUUUUAUGAAUGGGCUACAAAAAAAUCACAAGAGCCUUGAAGUUUUGAAGUAUGAGAGGUCUACGGACCAAACUACAAGGCGUGAAUUUGGAAAUGCCAUAAGUACCGGUCAAAGUUGCUCUAGUGUGUUGGAGCAAGGACAAUCUCCGAUGGAUGACACUGUCAUUUCAUCCGCUUCAUCCAUAUGUCCAGCACCUGUUUGUCGUCAAUUUUGGAAAGCUGGGAACUAUGCGGAUGGUCUUGGUUCCAAGGUUUCAAUUCAAAAUGGCAAAAAUAAUUUCCACGUCAGCCCUAUGUUUCUUCAUUCAAAUGCUACUUCGCAUAAAUGGGCGUUUGGUGCCAUAGCAGAAUUGCUUGAUAAUGCAGUUGAUGAGAUCCAAAAUGGAGCCACUUCUGUCAUUGUAGAUAAAAUCUCAAAUCCAAGGGAUGGUAGUCCAGCGCUGUUGAUUCAAGAUGAUGGUGGUGGAAUGAACCCUGAAGCGAUGCGGCAGUGUAUGAGUUUUGGGUUUUCAGAUAAAUCCAAAUCAGCCAUUGGACAAUAUGGUAAUGGCUUUAAGACAAGCACUAUGAGACUCGGAGCAGAUGUUAUUGUUUUUAGUCGCCAUCUGCGUAAUAGGGUGUUGACUCAAAGCAUUGGACUCCUAUCUUACACUUUUUUGACACAAACAGGCUAUGACAGGAUAGUAGUGCCAAUGGUUGAUUAUGAGUUUAACUCAGCAACUGGCAGUUUCGAAUUUUCAAAUCGGUGUAGUAAAGAGCUUUCUAUGUCAAAUCUUUCUUUGCUGUUACAGUGGUCUCCAUAUUCAACAGAAGAGGAGCUUUUGAAGCAAUUUGAUGACAUUGGAUCUCAUGGCACAAAAGUAAUAAUAUAUAAUUUGUGGUUCAGUGAUGAUGGGAUAUUGGAGUUGGAUUUUGAUACGGAAUCUGAGGAUAUUCGUAUUAGUGGGGACAUCAAACAGGUAGAGACUUCUCUUGCUUGGAAGAAGAUUAAUGAACAGCACAUUGGCAACCGGUUUCGUUAUUCCCUCCGAGUGUAUAUUUCCAUCUUGUAUUUGCGUAUACCUGAAACAUUCAGAAUUAAAUUGCGGGGAAGAAUUGUUGAGCACCAUAAUCUUGCCAAUGAUCUAAAAUUUCCAGAAUUCAUCUUGUAUAAACCUCAAAGUGGUGGAGUUUUGGAGGGUCAAGUCAUAACUACUAUAGGAUUUUUAAAAGAAGCGCCACAAAUCAAUCUCCAUGGUUUCAGUGUCUACCACAAAAAUCGGCUAAUUCUGCCAUUUUGGGCGGUUGUGAAACAGUUUGGAUGGGACUGUCGUGGUAGAGGAGUGGUCGGUGUUCUGGAAGCAAACUUUAUUGAACCUACACAUGAUAAACAAGAUUUUGAGAGAACUUCCCUUUUACAGAAACUUGAAAGUCGCUUGAAAGACAUGACACAUGAGUACUGGUAUCACCAUUGUGGGCUAAUCGGGUACAAAGUGAUUAAAAAGAUGCCCAAACAAGAUUCUCUUGGUUUUGCACAUGGUAAAACAAAGCCUGUUAAAUUGAAUCACGGAUCUUCUGUCCCUAGCAGUGGAAAAGUGUCACCUGCUGCAGUGUUAGGCAUGAAAAGGAAAGAGCAUGAUGAUUUGGUUGAUGCUGAAGAUAUGAAAAAGCAUGCUCGGACUGGUGUUAAUGGCACUGUUUCAGGCCAGAGUUUCGGAGCACAGACUGUGGAUAUCGCAAAUCAGUCGAAAUACCAGGGUCAUGAAGCUCUAGUCUUGACGCAGGAAAACAAGAAACUUCAAGCACAAUGCGAUGAAUAUGAGAAGACGGAAAAGGAAUUGGAGAUGAAGAUAACACAACUUAAAAUUGCGAUAGGAGGAGUCCAAUGUGAAUAUGACAGACUCAUAGCCGAGCUAACGGCAUUGGAUUCGGUAAAGGAGGAAAAGCUUGUAAAUAUGUAAAUUCAGGCUGUAGCGUCGCAUCAUUUUUUUGGUUCACGGAGCAGUCUCUGUUGUAUGCAUCCCAAGUAUUUCAAUGGGGAUUUUGUAACUCACAGCACAGGUCAACUUGUAAUCCAUCAGCUGUGAGUAAAGAAAACAAGAUCAAGUGUAAAUACUAGUCGAUAAGGGUAAUUUUGAUUUUCUGUAGGUCUUUUUAGUUAUCAGGAACGUUAACUUGACCCAAUGUAAUCCACUUCUGAAAUCAAUGUACAUGUCAAUGUAAUCUCAAAACUUAGAAUUCUGUUGCAAAGGAUUUCCAGUCCCUAAGCAAUUUGAUAUAUCAUGUGUUUUCUUUCCUGA